AUGCGCCCGCUGACCUGUACCCAAAGACGUGGGAGCUGGGCAGACUGCGCAGAUAGGAGGCUCCCUCUGGUGGAACAUACCUCGCUGGUUCAAAAACUUUCAAAGGCGGACAGAUGGUGUCAUGCUUGGGAUGCCCAAGCCCGCCUGCCAACAAGGCGACUCCUGCCCGACCAGAGAAGUUGCACAGCUUCCUUGAAGAGCUUGCGGCGUCCGGCAAAGUGGGCUCUGGCGUUAGGCUUUUGCAGCAAGCUUGGCCUUGCGAUGGUGGAGGCGAACCAGAUUGUAUUCAAUGCGUUGACCAGCACCUGCACCAGCUUUAACGACUGGCAGCCUGCACUAGCCCUCUUGGCGUGCAUGGGUACGCUUCAGAUCCUCCAAGAUAUCAUCAGCUACAACACUGUUCUUGCUGCCUGUGGAACAAGGGAGAUGAGCGCCUGGCAGGCCGCCAUGGAACUUCUAAGAGACAUGCACGUGGUGGCCCUCUGCCUGGACACAAUCAGUCAAGGCAGCGCUCUGGCUGCCUGCGCCUGCAACAGCGAUUGGCUUCGUGCCGCUGCACUGCACGACGCGAUGAUCCAUUCCGGCAUUCGGACCAGCAGCAUCACCUGGAAUGCAUACAUCAACUCCUGUGAGGGCGCUGAGUGGGGCAGAAUACUGAUUUUGCUUAGGCAGAUGCAACUUGUGGGCCUCCAGCAAUCCCCGGCAACCUUGACUCCAGCUGUUAACGCUGCUGGGGUGCGCAGCUGCUGGACUCGCGCCAUUUCUUUUCUCGUGGCCUUCGGGCGCUAUGAUCUCAUCCUCCUGAACAGCGCCAUCGUCGCAUACAGCAUGGGGCACCACUGGAAGGCAGCGCAGUCAUUCCUGGAGACCAUGAGGGAGCUGCGCUGCUGUGACAAGGCCAGUCUCAGUGCAGCAGUCACCUCGUGUGAGAAGGCGAAGGCGUGGCGCUGUGGCCUCCAGCUGGUACAGGAGCUGCUCCACAUGCCCGACUCCAUCGGUUUGGGCGCAGCAAUGAGUGUUGCGGAGAAAGCCGGGCGCUGGAAGAUAGCCAUGAACCUCCUUGGUGACCUGCCAUUGCGGGAGGUGCUUGCUGAUGAGAUCCAUGCCAGCGCCUGCAUCAGUGCAUGUGAAAGGGCAGAAGUACGGAAUUCGAAAAGCGUCACGCAAGUGUGA